UCACUGCUGUGCGCCGCCGCGUGACGUCACUGUUCUGCGCCGCCACGUGACGUCACUGCUACGCGCCGGGCAGCGGUUGCCAUGGAGGCGGAGGGGAAACGUGGAGAGGAGGAGGAGGAGGAGGAGGAGGAGGAGGAGGAGGAUGAGGAAGAAGAGGAAUGGUUGCUGCAAUCCCUGCACCUGUACGAGGUUCUGCACGCCUUCGAGCUCCAGGCUCCCACCCGCGUUAUCGAAUGGGCCCUGGGGAAACGUGUCUGCGUGGCCGGGUAUGGGUGCUCUGGAAAGAAUGAGAUCCUGCAGCUGCUGCCACCACCAACACUGCAAGCAAAGGAGAGUCAGGGUCUGUGCCCCCAGAGAGAUUUCAAGGUGGAAUGUGGAGGGUUCUCAAACCGCCCUGUUUACAACCUGAAACACGUGCCAGACACCAGCUUGCUGGUGACGAGCGGCCCGCCCGACAGCUCCCUCCAGGUUUGGCAGAUGUCAGCAGAGGAUUCCGAUGUUAUUAAAUCUGUAAGUGCCAUCUCGACAGAAAAUAGCACUGGGGAGAGCUGGGCAAAAAUUGCAACCAUUUCAGCGAGAGCCCCGUGGGUCCUCCAUGGCUCAAGGCUCAGCAGCACCCAGAUCACAGAGGUGGAGUCACAGAAGAAGGUGUACAUAGCAGCCUCCAGCAGCAGCGAGGAGCUCAGCAGCCUGGCUUUCCUGGAUGCCAACACAGCAGCGCUGUGCUGCACAGCAGGGCAGCUGUGCUUGGCUGAUAUUCGGCAGCACAGCCCCUUGCAGGCUCUGCCCAUCCCCUCUGCACAGCGUGGGCAGUGCUGGUGCAUGGCAGUUGGGUGCAGAGCUCCGUGCUCUGAGCUGAGCUCUCAGCCCAUUGCGUGCCUCUCAAGUGCAGGGCAGCUCAUCCUGAUGGAUGUAAGGAAAGCUUCACAGUGUUUGGCCUCAGCCAAGUGCAGAGUUCCCUCUUCCAGCUCCAGCUCUGAGUUCCUGAGUGUCACCUGGGCUCCUGCUCUGAAGGGCUGCCUUGCUGUUUCAGGCUUCGAUGGGACCGUGCACAUCUACGACUCACAGAGCUGGGAUGGCAGCGGGUGUGAAGCACAGCCACUCUUUGUGCACAAAGGCCACUCGUUUGGAGAGCAUCCCUUGGUGACGGCGCACACGUGGCACCCCCAGAAACCAAGAACUGUGCUGUCAGCAGCCACUGAUGGCUCCUUGCACAUCUGGGAUUGGGUUCAGCCUCGUGGGAGCUGAGGGCAGGUGCUGCUUUGAGGCUUUCCUGCCUGUGCUGCGAGCGAGCUGUUUGCUUGGAGGUGUUGAGAAGAGCUGGGCCCAGCUGUUGUAACACAGCAGCAAGAAUUCCAGCGGCGAAUUUCUUGGGAAUCCCUUUUGCUCUGCGCUCCCAUGUUGGGAUGUGUGUUUUCACUGCGUUGUUUGCUCUGUCCUCACGUUCUCCCCCCCCCAGCCGUCGUUCCGUUGUGUUCUGUUGGCCUUGUGAGGCUCAGAAGGAAAAAAUAAUUAAAAAAAAAUGCAGCAAAGCUUUGAGUACAAUGUGAGGAAAUAGGCUGUCCUGUGGCAUGCUGAACCUUCUGCCUUCCUGGCCCUGUUGCUGUUCCAUCACGUGUGUGUGUGUGUGUGUGUGUGUGUGUGUGUGUGUCCGGAGCAGGAAGCCGCAAUGGGAGGCAGCGUGCAGGAGGAGCAGCCCUUCCUGCUGUCAGUUUCACCCUCCCUCCCCCUCCCGAGCAGCAGCAGCACCCAGCUGGGAGGAGGCCUGGCUGCAUUUUGUGGGGCUGCUGGCUACCAGUUCAACUCGAAAUGCAAUUUCCUGGGGCUGAGGAGGAGGAGCAGCUUGGAUCUUGCGGUGCAAAGAGGUUCAAUCAUUCCGUGCUGCUUGUGACAAGCGACCCUUGUGCCGUUGUUCAUCUGCCUCCUGCUGCUCUGUUUGCUCAGAGGGUGCCGUGGGGACAGGUGGGGACAGAGGGUGAGCUGUGGCCAAGGCCGUAAGGCAGCUGUGUGCUGGGAAUGGGAUGUACCGACCUGUGCUGUGUCAUGGCAACAGCUGCUGGGCUGCGGGGGCUGAGCCGUGCUCCUGGGGAGGUGAUCAGAUGGAGGAGUGCAAGCUGCAGCUCAAGGUCUGAGCAGCAGCACUCCUGCUUGUCUCUCUCACAUCCCAGCAAAACCAGAGCAGCUCAGCUGUGGGGUGAGCACCCCGCUUUGCUCCCAUCUCUCCCUUUGCUCUUCAUAUCUGCUGGGUUCAGAGGUCUGGCUUCAGAAAUGGGGCAGGCUGGCAGCUUGGGAGUGGCUGUUCUUACAGCUGCAGGGGUGUUCCUUGAGCAGGAUGGGGAUCUGCAGGGUGAUGGCUGCAGCCUUCCUCCUCCACGCUGCACAAAAGCAGCAGAGGCAAAGCGUGACCCCAUUUCACGUCACAGCCGUGCUGGGAGUGCAGAGGGAAGCAAACCUGCUGCUCUUUGUAGGGAAAUGGUGCUUAAGUAACAACGUGAUUUCAUCAUCUAGGACUUCCCUUUUCGUGCUGGCUUUUUUUUUUCUCCCCCUCCAAAUAAUUCCAGCUUGGAGAAGGCUGAAGGCACCCAGAACACGAAGUGCUCACAGCUGGGUGCAUGCAGAGGGAUCUCCUUUGGGCCACACAGAGCACACACAGGGGUGCCCUGAGAGCAGCCUUGCCAUAGGGCAGCAGUGGGGCUGCUGCUCCCCACGUGUCUCUGUUCUGCUCACCCCAUGCAGGGACGCUGCUGCAGAGCCCAUAGAGCUGAUGCGUGCAGUUCUGCACUCAGAAGGUUGGUUUGCUGCUGGCUGUGCUGUUCCCUGCUGUUCCUCCACGGGGAGAAGACGGAUGCAGGCACUGCCAUCCCAGCAACGCAGCCGGCCCUCAGCUCUGCUGCAGCAUCUUCAGCUCCCAGCCAUCCUGCAGAGCUUUUCAUGCACCGAGAGCAGUGCAAAUGGCUUUGGCUGCCAGAGAGCAGCAAGCAGAAUGUUAGCACUGCCUGGCCUUGCACUUUAUUCCCAACCUCCUGCCUGGAGCACUCAGCUUUGGAGCAGAUCCCACAGGAGCAUCCGUGUGCCCGAGGGAAGGUCAGCACUGCGGGCUGCAACGAGGGGACCUUUGGUGCUGCAGCAUCGAUUUGGGACUGUUUUCCUGCAAUCAAUGUUUGGGGACGUGGAACCAUGGCAGCACUGAGAGCUGGAGAGCAAAGCAAAUGUCAACACGGCCUCCCAAAAUGGGGCCUGGGGAGGGGAAAGGGGGGAGGAGAGGUGGGUAAGAGAAGCAUGGGCACGCUGCGGGUUUGGUUUUGUGUGUGUGUGUUUGUGUUCAGAGAUUAAUAAACUAGAAUAAUUUAUUUGACAGGACACAGAAACGUCACAGAGAUGGUGGAGGAACCAAAGAAGCAGGUGUCAAUGAACAGUACAAAGAAACCACUUUACAAAAGAGAAGUACCACGCCGCCCACCGGCCUGACCCCGAAAUGGGGAGGGGAGGCAGCUCGGAACCUCCCCCCAAAACCCCCCUUUAGGUUGGGGCACAGGGCUGUCCCCAGGCUCUGCUCUCAGGGCGACACAAUAAAUAGUGGCAGUGGCCCCAGUGAGGGGCUGGGGGGACCCGGCUGUCCCUGCAACAGGGGGGAUAUGGGGUGGGUGGACCCUGAUCCAGGAGGGAGGGGCAUGGGGUGAAACAUGGGGUAGGGUCCCCAGUGCUGGCAGCUGGGGGGGUUCCAGGGGUGUGGAAAUGGAUGCAGAGCAAUGAUAAACCCUGGGGGGGUGGGGAGGGGGUGCUGCAAAAAGGGCUUGGGGUGGGAGCUUUGGGAUUUGGAAUCCAGCUCUAGGUCCCUUCUGAACCCUACAGUUCUGUGAUUUGGGGUGGGAGGGUGGGACGCAGGUGGGAGGUUUGGGGUGGGAUGUUUGGGAUUUGGGGGUGGGAGGUUGGGGAUCUGGGGGUGGGAGAUUGGGAUUUAAAAUGGGAUGUUUGGGACAGGAGAAUUGGGAUUUGGGGGAGGAUGUUUUGGGAUUGGGGUGGGAGCUUUGGGAUUUGGGGGUAGGAGGUUUGGGGUGGGAGAUUUGGAAUUUAGGGUAGAAGGUUUGGCAUUAGGGUGAGAUGUUUGAAAUUUGGGGGUAGGAGGUUUGGGAUUUAGGGUAGGAGGUUGGCAUUUGUAUGGGAAGUUUUGGAUUUGAGGGUAGGAGGUAUGGGGUGGAAAAUGUGGGAUUUGGGGUGGGAGCUUUGGAAUUUGGGGGUACAAGGCUUGGAGUGAGAGGUUGGGAUUUGGAGGUUGGAAUUUGGAUGGGAGCUUUGGGAUGGGAACUUUGAGAUUUGGGGGUGGGAGAUUUGGGAUUUGGAGGUUGGAAUUUGGGUGGGAGGUUUAGGAUUUGGGGGUGGGAAAUUUGAGAUGGGAGCUUUGGGAUUUGGAGUAGGAGGUUUUGGGGUGGGAGGUUUGGGAUUUGGGGUAGGAGGUUCUGGGUGGAAGCUUUGGGAUUUGGGGUAGGAGGUUUGGGAUUUGGGGGUGGGAACUUUGGAAUCUGGGGUGGGAGCUUUGGGAUUUGGGGCAGAAGGCGUGGGAUUUGGGGUAGGAGUUUUGGGAUCUUGGGUCUGGACAGGAUUAGGGUUAGGAUCCCAGCCCCAGGCAGCAUCUGUGGGUCCAAGGUUGGUGCAUCCCAAGGUGAGGGGGGACUCAUGCAGUGAGGUGGUGAGCAGGAGGGGGGGAUGGAUGGGGGCCCUUUCCCAUGAGCAGGCUGCCUAAAAAAAGUCCCCCCCCCAAGUUCUGCUGCAUCCCCUCCCCUCUCCCCAGCAUCGAGAGUGGACAAUACAAAAUGCAUAAAAGAGCAGCUCCCAAGAAAGGGCCCGGAGCUUUAGGAAGGGAAAAGGGAUGGAGGGGUGAAGGCUGAUGGGGGUUGGGCUGAGCCUUGGGUCCCCCACCCCACCCCAAAAGGGAUGAAUGGGGACAACAGGGCACAGCUGGCAGGGUCUGAUUGCUGCUGUGGCGAUCGGGUGAUCCGUAGGGUAGAAAACAAAACGAAUCAUCAUCAUACAAAAAAAAAAA